AUGUUCCAGUGGAUUCUGAAGAAAGUAAUGGGAUCGUGUGUAUCCCAAGUGGAGGCGAAGACACGUUUGACUGCCGAAGAGAUUGAAGCCGUUAAGGAGUCGUGGAAGCGAGCCAAGCACGCGCAAAUUGGGCGCAAGAUUCUGGGUACACUAUUGGAGAAGCGGCCGCAAUUUGCCCAAAUGUAUGGUAUUUCUGAGGAAGAAGUUAUGGAUGGGCGGAUGGUGUCGAAUACCAUGUUUCAACUGCAGGCUUGUCGUAUCCAGAAUUUCCUUGACACUACCGUAUCCUCACUAGGACUUUGCCCCACAGCUUCCGUUUUUGCUAUGGCCAAACGCAUUGGGCAGAUCCAUUACUACAAGGGUGUGAACUUUGGCUCCGAUUCGUAUACGGUAUUCAAGAAGGUGACGGCCGACGAGAUUAUAGAUGUGGCCGAGAAGACGCAGCAUUUGAUUGAGAAGGAUGGGGGGAACAAUGAGUUCUUGGAUCAGGCUAUCAUGACCCCAUACGACACCAACAACUGCAAUAUUCGUCUUGGAUGGAACAAGCUGAUGAAUGAGAUUGUUCGCGAGAUGAAGGAGGGUUUCGUCCAAGAGGCUCGUGCCCACAACAAAGACGACUGCGACGAG